UACAUUUUAUUUUUAUUAUUAUUUUUUUAAUUUAGCAUGCUUUUAUGAUUGUGGCUUUUUUUCCCAUCCUGGUGCCAGCUGAAGAACCAUUUCUGGAUUUGCAGAAGGAACAGCAAACAUUUUUUGGUUAAACCCCCUCCCUCCCUGACCCCAUACCCCCCUGGCACUCUCCCAGGAGCCGGACACAGCCUGCCUUACUGGGAACCACUAUAGGGCUAAGGACAGGACCCUAUUGAUGGCGCAAAGGUACGAUGAGUUACCGCACUAUGGCAUGGACGGGGUGGGGGUACCAACCUCAAUGUAUGGUGACCCCCACGCCCCACGACCCAUUCCACCGGUACACCAUUUAAACCACGGACCCCCCCUCCAUGCCAGCCAGCACUAUGGAACUCAUGCCCCUCACCCAAAUGUCAUGCCCACCAGCAUGGGAUCUGCUGUGAAUGAUGCCCUAAAAAGAGACAAAGAUGCAAUUUAUGGACACCCCCUCUUUCCUUUAUUAGCCCUGGUUUUUGAGAAAUGUGAACUAGCAACGUGUACCCCCAGAGAGCCGGGAGUCGCUGGAGGGGAUGUAUGUUCGUCGGAUUCCUUUAACGAAGACAUCGCAGUAUUUGCAAAACAGGUUCGAGCAGAAAAACCUCUUUUUUCCUCAAAUCCCGAGCUGGAUAAUUUGAUGAUCCAGGCUAUUCAAGUCUUGAGGUUUCAUCUCUUAGAAUUAGAAAAGGUCCAUGAAUUAUGCGAUAAUUUUUGUCAUCGAUACAUCAGCUGUCUGAAAGGAAAAAUGCCAAUAGAUUUAGUGAUUGAUGAGAGGGACGGCAGCUCCAAAUCUGACCACGAAGAACUAUCUGGAUCUUCUACGAACCUCGCAGAUCAUGACAUACUUGAAAACAAGAGAGAUCUCAAUGUAUUUUACCUGAACCCAGCUUCAUGGAGAGACCAUGAUGACGCAGUAUCUACACAUUCUGCUGGCACGCCGGGGCCUUCAAGUGGGGGUCACGCUUCCCAGAGUGGAGACAACAGCAGCGAACAAGGGGAUGUGUUAGACAACAGUGUGGCCUCGCCGGGCACGGGGGACGAUGAUGACCCAGACAAGGACAAAAAGAGGCAGAAAAAACGUGGCAUAUUCCCCAAAGUAGCAACAAAUAUCAUGAGGGCGUGGCUCUUCCAACAUCUCACGCACCCAUACCCUUCAGAAGAACAGAAGAAGCAGUUAGCGCAGGACACAGGACUGACUAUACUGCAAGUUAACAACUGGUUCAUCAAUGCCAGAAGACGGAUAGUCCAGCCUAUGAUAGACCAGUCUAAUCGAGCAGGUUUUCUUCUUGAUCCUUCAGUGAGCCAAGGAGCAGCAUAUAGUCCCGAGGGUCAGCCAAUGGGGAGCUUUGUGUUGGAUGGCCAGCAACAUAUGGGGAUCCGGCCUGCAGGACCUAUGAGUGGAAUGGGGAUGAAUAUGGGCAUGGAUGGACAGUGGCAUUAUAUGUAACCAUCAUCUUGCAGAACAAUCACAAAUGAGAGGAAAUCUGCAGGACGUGCCAGGGGACUGUCUUUCUCAGGGUGGUCCUAUGGGAAUCAUUUUGUACAACCAGCUCACCCUUCUCCCAGGUCAUCUUUAUACCCCCUUCGAGACAUGGACCACCGCCACCCUACAUCUGCCGAGCCAUGUAGAUAACAUGGAGGACGAUCUCCCUAGGAUGACAAUGCCCGCACAACCACCCCAUUCAUCUGCCCCAGCUCUUGGGAAGAAUUUCCUUGACACAAUCCCAACAAUAUAAGGAAACUCAAGGGAAUAAAAAUAUUUUAAGACUUCUGAACGCUGACCAGUUUUAAAAGUGAAAUUCCAGACAGCUGUGAUAUAUAUUUUUUUUUUUUACCACAUAUUUUGUCAUUUUUCAUCAACAAAGGACCAAUGAAACAAGACAAGAACUCAAAUGUGAAAUCAUGGGAUAAACGAUGUGCCCAUAAAAAAAAAAAAACAAGUCCCCUCUGGAAGCUGAAAGACAGAGAUAUUACUACUGUAGGAUCAAACAUAGGAACUAAGUUAACUUGUACAUUUCUGUUUAUUAAAUAGUUUUAGAAGAGACAAAAAAAGAUAUCCUUGUUUUUCCACACUAUGUGUGUUGUUCCCAAAAGAAUGACUGUUUUGGCUCAGCCAGAAUCCCUCCUUGUGGAAAGCCACCGAACAUUGACACUUGUGACCAGUGCAGAACACAGAGCACAGCCUGGAGAGAUUGAGAACAUCCAGGACCUUCUCGGGUGUUCUAGGUGUCUGUCCCUCAGCACUACUGGACUAUUUGAAUUGGGGCAGUUACACAGACAUUACAAGACAGCAAGGGAUAUUGACUAGUCUUGGGACUGUUGGAUACUGAGCCCCCUGUGUAAGGAAGGGAGGGGGGCUUCCUGCAAUUCUGGUCUUUGCACCAAAUGACAGACUGAACUUAAUUGUAAACUCAAAAAAUGGAGAAUGAAUUUGAGUGACAGGAAAAAUGUGAGUGUGUGUGUGUGAGACUGAGUGAGCAAGCUUGAGAAGGGAAGACAAUACUGUAACAAAAUUUGUUCAGAGUUCGUUCUAUUAAUGUUUCAUGUUAGAUAUUCUAUGUGUUACCUCAAUUGAAAAAAGAAUGUUCUCCUAGUAAAAACCUGCUGUGGGAUUGGUAUUGUAUGUCCAUGGAUUAUUUCUUUAUCAGCACGUGUUCCUCAUUAGAGAAAAAUGCUGUUACCUUUAAGCUUUGUCAAAAUUUACAUUAAAAUACUUGUAUGAGGACUGUGAGUUUAUGUUUAAAGAAAAAGGUGUUACGGUAAUAAAUAUUUCAUUUUGGA